AUGGAGCUGGAGGCGCGGGUGCUGCGCGCGACGGGCAGCUUCGGCCGGUUCCGGCGCCUGCUGGCCGCCGCCUCGUGGCUGCCGUGCGUGGCGCUGGGGUUGGCGCUGGGCUCGGAGCUUCUGCUCACCGCGCUGCCCGCGAACCACUGCGGGCCGGAUCCCGCGCUCGCCCCCGUCCCCUGCCUGCCGCUGAGCUACCCCGAGCCCGCGCCCCGCGUCUGCCCCAACGGCACGCGGUUCUGCACGCGCGGCUGGCACUACGCGCUGCCUGCUUCCGGCCUGCUGCGCAGCCCGGUCACCCAGUGGAACCUCGUGUGUGAGGACGGCUGGAAGGUGCCACUGGAACAGGUGGACUACCUCCUGGGCUGGUUGCUGGGCUCCGUCCUCCUGGGCCCAGGCUGUGACUGGUGUGUCCCCUGCUGCCCACUAGGUUUGGCUGCCGGGCUGUUUGUGGGCUCCCUGGUGCUGGCCACGGGCCUGGGGGCCAGCAAGGCCCUGGCCACUGGCUUUCCAGCCCUGCUGGUUUUGCGGCUGCUUCGUGGCGCGGGGGCCUUAGCAGGGGCCUCCCUCGCCCUCUAUGUGGCUCGGACUGAGCACCCUGGCAACGGGACCCCUGCCGCUCUUUGGGGGGUUUCCAGCCCUGUUCCCCGAGUCUCCCUGCUGGCUGCUGGCCACAGGGCGCAGGAAGAUCUUGUGGUGCUUUGCGGAAGCCAGCGGUGUGGACCCCAAAGACAGCUCGGAGGAGGAGAGCUCUCUGGCUAUGAAGCUGGACGUGCUGUGUGCAGGGAGCCUCCAGCCCUGGCACUACUCGGUCCUGGAACUCCGGCAUAUCUGCCUGGCCUGGAGAAACGGACUCAUCCUGGGCUUCAGUUCGUGAGGAGGGGAGGGUGCUGAUCGCCGGGCGGUAUCAGAGCCAGCUUCCCGCGCAACCUGGCCACGCGUGACCCCGCCUUCUAUUGGCCCUAUCUCCUGGAGGCCAGUCUGGAGGCAGCGGCUACUGUCUUCCUGCUCCUGACAGACCUCUGGGGGCGCCGCCCAGUCCUGCUGCUGGGCACCUUGGUCCUGGGCCUGGCAUCCCUGCUGCUCCUUGCAGGGGCCCAGUACCUGCCUGGCUGGACGGUGCCGUCCGUCUCUGUCCUGGGGCUCCUGGCCCAGGCAGUGUCCGCCCUCAGCAGCCUCUUUACAGCCGAGGUCUUCCCCACGGUGAUGUGGGGUGCCGGGCUGGGCCUGGUGCUGGCAGCUGGGUUCCUGGGCCAGGCGGCCGCCCCGCUCACCGACACGCAUGGCUGCCACGGCUUCUUCCUGCAAUACGUGGGGCCGGCCCCGCCAGCACCACCUGCCCGCCGCCAGCCCCCCUCCCCAGGGCCAGGACACAGCUGGUCCAGGAGGGGCCGCAGCCCUGGUGGGCCCGAGGUGCCGAAAGGCCCUGCAAGUCGCCGUGCCAACCGCGCGCUGGAGAGAUGA